AUGAACAAGACUAAGUCUAUCACCCCCGAGGUUACCUGGGCCCAGCGGUCUAACGAGCACAUUCUCGCCAAGAACAUUGUCUACCUGAACAUCCUGAUUCCCGAUGCCAAGGACAUUGAGAUUGAGCUCACCAGCAACAAGCUGAAGCUCAACGCUUACAACGAUCACAACUCCUACGAGCUGGAUCUUCAGUUCUACGGCGACAUUGAUCCCGAGGCUAGCAAAAAGACCGAGACCGGUCGAGGCAUCUCCUACAUUCUCCAGAAGGUCAAGUGCGAGAAGGACUACUGGCCCCGACUCACCAACGAGAAGCACCGUCUUCGGUUCAUCAAGACCGACUUCGACAAGUGGGUUGACGAGGACGAGCAGGACGAGGAGCCUCCUGCCGAGGAGGACAUGGGCAUGGGAGGCCAGGGCCUUGACUUCUCCCAGCUUGGCGGUGCCGGUGGUGCCGGAGGCGCUGGAGGCAUGGGCGGCAUGGACAUGGCCUCUAUGAUGCAGGCUAUGGGCGGUGCUGGAGGUGCUGGCGGUGCCGGAGGCGCUGGUGGCAUGGAUAUGGCUGCCAUGAUGCAGGCCAUGGGUGGCGCCGGUGGUGCUGGAGGUGCUGGAGGUGCUGGAGGUAUGGACAUGGAGGCUCUCAUGAAGCAGAUGGGCGGUGGUGCCGGUCUUGCUGGCGGUGCUGAGGACGCCGAGGGUGCUGAGGGCGAGAAGGGCGAGGAGGCUGAGGAGCUUCCUGAGCUCAAGGAGGACAAAUAA